UCCACUAGUGGAGCUGGCGGUCUCAAUCUGAUCCCAGGUCGGUGGUUUUCCCGCGCUUCCACUCGCGGACCACGUGUCUCUCUACGGCCUCCCAGCGGACCAUGUGGAGCAGCAAGAUGGCGGUGCGGUGGAGGGGGAAUCUCGAGGAUUUAAAUGCCGGGAACAGCGACUUUCUGACCAGCAACAACCCCAAUGAGUUGCUCUUGAGUAGACGUGACAUGGAAGCCGUAGAGAUGGACGCUCAGUCCUGCGUGGAUCACUCAAUCCUGGCCAUUUUUGAAGACUCCACUGUUGCAUCAGAGGAUAAGAGUGGAGCGGAGGAGGAGAGAGAGACCCUGCUGUCGGCCCUGAGCGAGAUGUUGGACAGUGUGGAGGAUGACGAUGUAACUCUGUCUCCCUUCGACACCCUGCCAGACACCAAGCUCCUCACCCACCCAGAGCGCAGGGAGAACUCACUGGAUCUUUCACUAUAUGAAAGGCUGAGGCCAAGAUCCAAAUCACCAAAUGUAACACUCUCGAUAAAGAUCGAUGGAGACAAAGAAGCGGAAAGCAAAUUGGAGAGAACCAACCCUUCACAUCUGUUCAAAAAACAAAAAUGUAUCCACUCCCAAAAUAUAAAAGCAGAGAAUGAAGUGGAGAUCUUCACCUCUACUUCUCUGGUCAACCUGGUGAAGCUCAUGCACCCCUACUGCCUGAAGCUGCAUGUGGAGGAGGAGGAGGGGGAUAAACUGAAGGAGCACACGUUGUUCUCUCAGGAAGAGGUGUGGAAGUACGAGAGACCCAGUGAGGACAGCGACGAAGAGAUAAAUGUUGUUUCUGACGACGAGGUGGAAGAAGUAAAUAGGGAAGAUGAAAAGAGAGAUAAUGACAGCGUCUUAAAGAGCGCGUUGCUGAAUGUACAAUCAUCCAGAACUCCCCCAUCCAGAGAGAAGAAAAGGGUGAGCUUUGGCCCCGUUCAGGUGGUUUCACUCGAUGAAUCGGCAGAAGAAGAAUUAAACGAGUCAAAUCUAAUGAGUCAAAGUGUGUCGGUUCCACUGAACGGCACCAAAGCAAUUGAAAACCCAGCGGGCUCCCCACUUGAACCCCAAACAUCGUCCUCAGAAAUUAACAGCAACACGGCCGAGGUUUCUCUACUUAAAGCUGAGACAAAGGCCAAAUCGCUCAGCCUCCAAGAGUACAGACAGCUGCGCAAGAGGAGGCAGCCCCUAGUGGAGAAACAGGGGAACAACAUCACCAAGUGGCCCUGCGUUUCUGAGCCCCCCACAGAGCUGACCCCCAUCUGUUUACACGGACAAAACAGCUGCUGUCCAAAGGCAGCGCACCAUAAUCCAGACAGUAGGAGAACUUGUGCCGAUCAUAAAUCUCAAACUCAGCCCAGGCCUCACCCCUCCACUCAAGCACGUCACAGCGGGUUAAAGCGACCAAGAACUGAAUCCAAAAUCCUCUCACCCACCAGUCUGCAGGCAAACGUCACAGUUAAUCAGAAUGUUUCAGAGAGCAAAAAAAGUCCAAUAAAAAAGCCUCUCAAUAUUGAUCCCCCGAACCCCGUCUUCCUCCAUUUGCCAGCGAGCCAGACAACACCACCCACUACUGACCACUCCUCAUCAGAGUCCAAAGUGGAGUUCUGCAGUAGAGACUCUGACAGCAUCAAGCACUUUCCUCAAAUUCAAACUGAAUCCUCAGGCACAUCAACCCAAAGACAGCCAUCCACCUCCGGCACGAGUCCUGAGGUGUUGUUAGUGAACCAGGGCUACUCCACCCUGUUACAGGAAAUUAAAAACAAGCUCACAGAGAUAGCCUCAGGUGUCACCUCCAGACCUCAAGCACUGUGCCCAACCUCAACACAAACCAAAUCUUCCUCAGAGCUCAAAACCCUGCAGCCUCAGAGAAGCAGUCCAAACCAGACGAUAGGAGUCAAGCUGCAACCAAAGAAUCCUCCGUCACCAGGUCCGGAUACAGCGAGGGAGAUGAAGCGUCCUUCCCUCACAGCACCGCCUAGUCCCCUAGAUGCUCCCACACCAGUGAAGGAGACGUUAUCAGAGGUUCCCCCCAGUGUAUCCGCCUUAGAGAAACCAGCCGACUCAGGAAUCGAAGCGCCCGAUCUCACCAGCCUACUGGAACAGUUUGAGGAAACACAAGCUCAAGGGUUGAGGGUUGGAGAGAAAGAGCUCAAACUUGCUACCUCAUCUUCAAACGUACUGACAGAUGGACACUUGGACAGAACUCAGCCUGCAGUGGAAGCACUUGUACCAAAUCCAAAAACCCUCAGGGACUCCCCACACCUUCAAACGUCACCUGACAUCCCAGAGCCCCUCGGCACUGAAAUCAUCCUCAGCACUCAACAACAUCAGCCAGCAAGGCGCAAAAUCCUCUGUCCAAGGCCAUUCAGAUUAUCGACCCCCGUCCUCUGCCGUCCAAGAGGACACACACGAACCUCCCAGAGCUCCCUGCAGCUCGUCCCUCUCCUCCCAUGUACUCGGCUGUGUUCAUCGAUCACGAUUACUGCGGGUCAACGACAAGUGCCGCUCAGCACUGCAGAACAUCUAAACCCAAGGAUGAGCCGAAAAUAACUGAUGAAUUACAGAGGACUACCAGUGACUCGAUCGCUGCUGCUGCUGAAUGCAAACAACAGACCUCCACCUGUGACGUUAACUCCCCCAUCAGGGCUGUGGAUGACUCCGCAAAGACGAGUCGGUCCACAGACAAAGUUGUUUCAAGAAUCGCUGCCACCGAGCAAGAUUGUAGUCUUGAGACACCCCCGUGCACUCUGCCCACACCUCCACCCAGCCCUCCUUCCAGAGGCAGGGAGAGGAGGAGAUAUCGAGGGAGAUCCC